AUGCUAGCAUGCGCGAGGUUUUCCAAGCCCGAGAGGGAGGUGUGUAGAGACAGCCCAGGCCCGCCGUGCCCUAGUGCACGGAUCCAGUCAGAAAGUGGAGCUGUCCCAAAGAAAAAGGAUCCUUUGACCCACACGAGUAAUUCCCUACCCCGCUCCAAGUACACAGCAAAAAUCACUUCCCCAGGGCAACGUGGUCACCAGAGGGCCCAGAGCCAUAGUGGAAUCUCCAACGGUGCUGGGACUUCACGAAUGCCAGCGCAACCCAGUACCUCUACUGCUAAGGUUGCAAGUACAAAAAACACCAUCAGACCAAACAAACCUACCACUCCUAGUGCAACUCCUCGAAAAAAGAAGGAUUUGAAAAAUUUUCGAAAUGUCGAUAGCAAGCUAGCAAACCUAAUUCUGAAUGAAGUUGUGGACAGUGCACCAUCCGUCCGUUUUGAAGAUAUUGCUGGGCAAGAGCUGGCAAAACAGGCGUUGCAAGAGAUUGUCAUUCUUCCAUCUCUUAGGCCUGAGGUAAGCAAAAUGCACCUGCCUGAGAAUCUUUGUGGUACUUGUUGCACUCUGUCGAGUUUUGAUUUCAUACUUUGGUGAAAUUUUAGGUACUUCAAGAUAGGCCAUCUUAUACUUUCCCACUUGAGCUACUUGUGUUUGGAAGCAUUUAUAACAAGUACUAAGUAAGAUUCCCUUCAAGGCCAACCUUAAAUAAGCUCUUCUGGUUGAGACUUUAUUUAUAUUUCCCACACUAGUGAUUGAUGUACAAUGGUGGAAGUGGUUUCAUGCAAUUAUACAAUAUCCUGUUCCAUGAAAUGCUUACAAGCCCUUACCCAAAAUGGGAUUUUUGCAAUUAGGGAUAGAACAUAAAACUAAGACAAAACUUAUACUGAGUUUAUCAUAUGUAAUGGAUGAUUGUGUAGCGAAGAGAAAAGGUAGUACCUUCUAUCCAGGAAAAGGACAUGGGAGAAAAUUUAAACAUUGUUUUAAGUAAUCUUUCCUUUAAAAAGGGAAGGAAAUUACUCCAUUUGAUUCUUUGAAGUCUCUACCAAGUUU